GAAAAUAAAAAAUAAAAAACAAAGUCCCCCCAUCCCACCCCAGCCUUCUCCCAUAAGAUUGCUUAAUGCCGCGGCCUCUCUUUUAGUAGACAAAAUUGGGCCUUCUAAGUACUUGUAUUUACUAGCGCUGCCACUGUGGUGGGUUUCCGGCGACGGAUAGAUGGAGGCGGGGGUAGCGACGACGACGACAACGACGGAGUCGUUUAGGUCGAUACUUGAUAAACCCCUCAGCCAACUAACAGAAGAAGACAUUUCUCAGCUCACUCGGGAAGAUUGUCGAAAAUUCCUCAAGGAAAAAGGAAUGCGGAGGCCGUCGUGGAACAAAUCGCAGGCGAUCCAGCAAGUAAUUUCACUCAAGGCGUUGUUGGAGAGCAACGAAGAUUCCGGCGCCGGAGCUAUCCGGAAGAUCCUCGUUUCUCCACCAUCACCGUCAGUGCCUCCGCAAAAUGCAGCGGCGCGUGUGGCUUCCAAUUCAUGUGAUUCAGUAAAAGAAGCGGUUGUCGGAGAAGAAGGAAGCCCGUAUCGGCGAAAAGAUCCUCCUUUGAAACCUUCUCCGGUGGGGGAGAUAAAUUGCCUUGGCGGUGACACGGAUAACAAGAAUCUCUCUCCUAGAAGUCCAUGUGAAUCAAAUGAGUUGGGUGGGCAAAUGACAAUUUUCUACUGUGGAAAGGUCAAUGUGUAUGAUGGAGUACCACUUGAUAAGGCACGGGCAAUCAUGCAUCUGGCAGCGACUCCUAUUGAUUUUCCUCAGGACAAUCAAUGUAGUGGAAAUGCAGCCCUUAGGUCCUUUAUGUGCCAUGUCCAAGCAGUCGGUGACAAAAAUGGCCUUGUUGCUUCUACUGCCUUGAACUCUCAUACCAUGCAAACAGAGAAGUUGACAGAAUAUCAGCAUCAGUUUAGGGAAAAAGGAAAUAUCGCUCGUGACGCUGAUGUAGAUGGGCAGGUGAACAGAAAAGUAUCAUUGCAGAGAUAUCGUGAAAAGCGAAAAGACAGGGGAAGAUUUUUUAAGGGCAGGAAGAAUACAGGACAAGCUUCCUCUAGCUUGGAGAUGUACCUGAACCAUCAGAUAAGAACUCACAACUCAAAUGGACAAUCAAGCCGGAGCAGCACGGGUUCUCCACCACAGUCUGGAUUGCCACAUGCAUUUUGUAGCUCAGCUGACAACCAAGCAAAACUUGUGAAUCUUUCUGUAGAUCUCAAUGACAAAAGUGUUCAAGAACACUGAAUUUAAUGUGCUUUAUACGUCAGAAUAUAUGUGGACUUAAGGAAAGAGAUAUGAUCUUUAGGUGCAUUACCAUAGCAGACAUAGAAGGGAAGAAAAAUUAACCUGAGAGCCUUCUACAUUGCUGCCUAAUAUAUGAUUUGGCUUUGUAAGGGGUUGAGAUUCUCACACGGAGAAUCCUCUUUUGAAUGGUACGAGUUUUCACAAUCCUCUGAUCAAUUUUGUACCUUGUGAAGCUUAGGACCAUCUUCGGGAACAACUUGUUUCGGAUGUUCGGAUCUCUUUGGCUUGAGUUAUAGAGCCACUUGUAGCGGCAGCGCUUUUCUUCGUUAUAUGUAAAUUUUUUGACUUACCUUUGGCUAUAUGCUAAUAGCUAAAGCUUAUUGUACCACUUGAACUAGCUCUAUUUCCUAUUAACCACUGUCAUCAUAUCUAUAUCGUGCUUGUUACUUUCAAUUUCAGAUUCCGACUCAAUUUGGGUUA